CAAAGCAAAAGCAACAAAGCAAAAGCAACAAAGCAAAAGCAGCAAAGCAAAAAUAGCAAAGCAAAAGCAGCAAAGUAAAGUAGCAAAAGAAAAACAGCAAAGCAAAAACAGCAAAAGCAAAAGCAGCAAAAGUGACAAAAGCAAAACAAAAGCAACAAAACAAAAUCAGAACGAUUAUUAA